GGGCACCCCCGGACCCCGUCCCCGUUGGGGCGAGGGACGCUCGGAGCGGCCCCCGGUGCUCGGGGCGGGGGGAGCGCUGCGCUGGCCCUGACCCCACCGCCGGCCCCGGGGGGGGCGCGCCCCCGGCCCUAUGGCUGCCAAAUGGUUCAAGGAGUUCCCCUCCAACCUGAGGACGGGGUCGGAGAAAGCGCGGCCGAACAAACCCGGCGGCCCCGCCCGUAAGAGCCUGGGGGGCACCGAGCCGCCGGGGGGGGCCCCGCCGGGGAAAAGCCGCAAAAACUCCGCGGCGGAGGUGGGGGGCUGCAGGGCCGUGCCCCCCCCCGGGGCCGGCAAGGACGGGGGCGGCCGUCUGUCCAGGGACAACCUGCAGGGACUGCUGCACGCCGCCGCUGGGAGGAUGCGCAAAAACUCGAGGGCGGAGGGGGUCGCGGCCGAGGGCCCCCCCCGGAGCUGCGGGACGUACAUCAACCGCCUGAUCAAAGUGGAGGCCCACGAGAAGAACCCCAAGGGCUACCCCAGCGCCGGGCCCGUGCCCGAGGAGAAGGGCAAGAGCCCUAAAACGGAGACGGUCAUCAUCCUGGAGGACUACGCCGACCCCUACGAUGCCAAACGCACCAAAGGGCAGCGGGACGCCGAGCGCCUGGGGGAGAACGACGGUUACAUGGAGCCCUAUGACGCACAGCAGAUGAUCACAGAGGUCCGCCGCCGCGGCUCCAAGGACCCCCUGGUGAAGGCCCUCCUGCUGCUGGACGAGGCAGGGGGCAAAAUGGAGGUGGCCAAGAAGGUCGGGGGGGGCACUGAGGCAGCAGGGCGGGGGCCCCAGCUCUACGACACCCCCUACGAACCCGGGGCCGACGAGCGCCCGGCGGCUGAGUACGAGCAACCCUGGGAGUGGAAGAAGGAGCAGAUCGUGAAGGCGCUGUCGGUUCAGUUCGAGGACUCCGAGCGGCCCCGGGAGGAGGCAGCGCGGCAGCACCUGCGCCAGAAGAGCUGGACCCCGCGGAUGGUGAAACCGGCGGAGCAGAGCGAGGGGGAGCGUGUGGACCCCGCCGUGUCGCUGGAGAAGCAGCCGUGGUACCAUGGGGCCAUCACCCGUGCGGAGGCUGAGAGCCGGCUGCAGGCGUGCAAGGAAGCUGGGUACUUGGUGCGCACCAGCGAGAGCGGCAGCGGGAAGUAUUCCAUCGCACUCAAGUGAGUGGGGCUGCGG